AUGGCCAAGUCAUCCGUUGCGGAUCCCUCUCACCAGGCCUUCUCCGAUGUCGCCUUCGCGUUCGACAUCGAUGGCGUCCUCUACCAAGGCCACCGGGGCAUUCCCGGCGCGAGGGAGAUGCUGCGCCGGCUCUGCUCUCACGGCAUCCGCUACGUCUUCCUCACCAACGGCGGCGGCGCACACGAGAGCGCCAAGGUCAAGUCGCUGGCGGAGCGGCUGCAGAUGUCACAGCACGAGGACGUGAUCCGCGACAGGGUCAUCGUCUCGCACACGCCCAUGCGCGGCUGGGAGGAGGGUCUUAAGCAGCAGACGGUCCUCAUCACGGGCUCCCACCCGGAGAGGGCUCGCAGCGUUGCCAACGAAUACGGCUUCGGGAGGGCGGUGACGCCGGCCGACUUGAUCCACGCCAACGACAAGCUCUACCCGUUCGAUAACCUCAAGGACAGCCUGCACGCCACCUUUCGACCGCUCUCCGAUGGCAAGUCGGCAUCCAGCAUCACGGACUCGUACGCCGCCGAGAUCCCGCCCAACGCGCUCAAGAUUGACCAGAUUUUCGUCUGGAACGAUCCUCGCGACUGGUCCCUCGACAUACAGGUCAUCCACGACCUGCUCGUCUCGCGCGAGGGCUACCUGGGCACCAUCUCGGCCAAGAACGGCGACGGCUCGCUGCCGAACAACGGCUGGCAGCAGGACGGCCAGCCGCCCCUCUGGAUAUCCAACCUCGACCUCUUCUGGAAGACGGAGUACCCGGUCAACCGUUUCGGGACCGGCGCCUUCGUCGAGGCCCUCAAGGGCGUCUGGUCCGCCGUCACCUCCGGGGCCGGAGAGCUGCGAUUCAACGCGCUCGGCAAGCCGUCCAAGUUCACGUACGACUACGCGCACGACCGGCUGCUGCACUACUACUCGGACAUGUGCCCGACGGCAGGCGCCUCCGGCGGCAGGACGAAGCAGACCCUCCGGCGCGUGUACAUGAUCGGCGACAACCCCGAGAGCGACAUCCGUGGUGCGAACGAGUUCGAGCCCGCCGACGGCACCGAAUGGCUGUCCAUUCUCGUCCGGACGGGCGUCUGGCGGGAGACGAGCGCCGAGAGGGAACCAAAGUACAAGCCGACGGUGGUGGUGGAUGACGUCGUCGACGGCAUCGUCUGGGCGCUUCGGAACGAAGGUGUCGAUGCGACGAAAGAAUGGCUUACGAGCGAGCCAUGA